AUGUUCAGGGACCAUCCUAGUGUGAUAAAGCGUCGCUGUGUCAGUGUGCUGCUGGUCUCUGCGCUGUCACCUGCAGCAGUGAAGGCAUGGAUUCACUGGGCUGAUAUCAGGGUUUUUUAUCUUGGUCCCCUGGUUCAUUCCGCAAUGGACAACCCUAAUGGCUUCACUAUGGAACUGCAGUCUGCACUGGAUGUUCAGUCGUGGAGACUCUCACUAGGAGACGUAGUGUGGCUCAGGAACCAGGUGGUGGCGCCAGUGACGGAGGAGCUGGUGUUCAGAGGGGCCAUGCUGCCCAUGCUGGUGCCCUGUGCAGGACCCACAGCUGCCAUCUUUAUGGCUCCACUCUUCUUCGGUGUCGCUCAUUUCCACCAUAUCAAAGAGCAACGGCGCCUCCAGAAGGAUAGUAUGAGAGUCAUUCUCCUGGUGGCAGGGAUGCAGUUCUUGUACACAACUGUGUUUGGUGCCUUCACUGCCUUCAUAUUCAUGAGAACUGGUCAUAUUGUGGGCCCAGUUUUGUGCCACUCGUUCUGUAACAGUCAGGGCCUGCCUGACAUCGGCUCCGCCCUGCAGCACCCUCAACGCACAGCUCUACUCUUCCUAUAUCUGAUGGGAGCCCUGCUGUUUCUGGUGCUGCUCUUCCCGCUGACAGACCCCUUCUUCUAUGGUGCCAUUCCUGUCUGCAGCCUGGCUCCCGCUCCCGCGCCUGUAUGCUAGAUCAAGUUAAUUGCAAUACAGUCACCUUGCUGUUAAAACUCUGUGUGUGUGUGUGUGUGUAUGUGUGUGCGUGUGUGUGUGCGUGAGAAGAGAACGAUUCUAACAGUUCAGACAUU